ACCUCUAACCCAACCCUCUAUGGAAAAUCCUCGAAAUUUGUCAACAAAUUCUAUUGGAUUUUGCCUUCUUCCUUCGGAACUCAUACACCGCAUACUCCUCAAUCUCCUUAUACCUGAAAUUCUUUGUCUCAAAUCUCUCAACAAAUCAUUAUCUGAUUUAAUCUCUGAUCAACAUUUUGUACGCUAUUACAAUUCGCGAUCGAAGUCUACCACCUGGCUCUUCGUCUACAAGAAACGCUGGCAUCGCGACGCUGUGCUUCACGGCUUUUCCAAUCAGUCCGAUCGGUGGUUCAAGCUACAAAUUGUCAAUUUGCUGAAACCUUUGAUCUCUCCAGGUGAGAGCAUUUACUUUCUGACAGCAAGCGGCGACGUUUUCCUUUUUUCCUCUAACACUCGUAAGGCAGUUAUUGCUGUUAAUUUGUCUGCGAAGACAGUUAAAAGGAUUCCUCCAAGCCCACUGGGUCCACGUGGCACGUCUUCUUGGCGAAGAUCUGGGAUGAAAUUGGUUUCCGGAUCGAAUAGUUUUCGUUUUUUGUUCGCGGAGUUAGUGGAGAAUCGACCAGUUUUAUUUGUGUACACGUCAGAAACUGACAAGUGGCUUUCUAUGGAAGCAAGGGAAAAUUUUGCUGGAUUGCCACGUGGCUUCCAAAGAGAGGAUGAUUACAUAUUUCUCAAUGUUGUCAAUGGACCCUAUGAAAGCGUAGUAAUGAUGGCUGGAUUUGAAUCUGAUGAUGCUCCAGUAGUUGUGCGGCCAAGAUUUGAAGGCGGAGGAGAUGAUGAGCAGCAAUUAACCGUUGGAUAUAGCUGGGGGAAUGUGAUUGAUCGGUUAUACGUGCACGGUGAUGGGCACAUGUUGAUCAUAAAAUCCAACGGUGUGGGUGAUGCGGAUACAGGAGCGAGGAUGUUAAAUGGUAUAGAAUUGUGGGCCUUGGGGUCAAGCGGUGGGCAGUGGGAGCGUAAUUCAAAAGUUCCAAGCAGAAUAAUGGAGGAAAUUAUGAAGCCGUAUAGGGUAAUAAUGGGGUGCUUAGAGCGAAGAGAUGGGGUAAUUAGGGCAGUGUUGUUGUCUAAUUGUGAGGUUUUAUGGGAUAUAAUCUGGCUAUCUUAUGAUAUAAAUAGGUGCUAUUGGACUUUGAUUCCAGUCCCUAAUUGCAACAUGAAAGGCCUAAACAUGGCUGGGAUUGCCUUUUCCUCCGGCCUUACUCUGUAAAAGAAAU